GUUGGUGCAGCGAUGUGAAGGCAGACGGCGCGAUGCGGGUCUUUCUGUCGGCGAUCUGCCUUUUUCUAGCGCUGUGUACACUGGGGUCUCACCCAUCGUCCGGCUCAGCAAAACGGCGUUCUAAAAGGAACACCAUAAAGGUUUCACCUGUACCUGCACCAAUGCAUGACAUGAAGGGAAAAGCUGUUACAAAUAGAUCUCAAGCAAACAAUUUAACAAAGGAGGAUGAAGAAGUUAUAAGUUAUCUCAGAAAUAUCUUUGCUGGUUUGUUAUAUUCCCUUCCUGAGCCAAGUGUUUCUCCUUUUCCCAAAGAACAUCCCAAAAACCGACUGCCAAAAGGUUUAACAAUUAGAUAUACUACUAAGAAGCACACAAACCCUGUAAGCCGCACACCAACCCAUAGUAAAGCAAGCACCACACCAACCCAUAGUAGAGCAAGCACCAUAUCAACCCAUAGUAAAGUAAGCAUCACACCAACCCAUAGAACAGCUUCAAUUAAAAAAACUGAUCUUGUAAUCAACAUUUCUGAGUUUGCACCAUUCCCUGAUAAGAAUCUGGAUGAAGACUCACUCCGUACUUUAAACAUGGAACCCCCUUUCAACAAAGAUGAACAUGGCACAUUCAUCAUAGAAAGUGAUACAAUACGUAUAGAAGAUAAUUUUAUUGAGUGUGCAGAAAACAUUGCACAGCUAACUAACUCUGAACACCAAAUGUUUGAACACAAAAGAAAAACACUCAGUGGUUUGUCUCCCUUCGACACACCUAAACCUGUGUCCAGAAAUCUUAACAGAAAAAAAGAUGUCGCUAUAACCAAACAAGAAGCAAAAUCUAUGCAGGAAUUGGACAAAUUAAUAGUAUUAUUAGGGAAGCAUGUUCCUGAAAUAAAAUCCACCCUUGCAAACACUGACAUGGAUGUCACAGAGAAAGCAUUUUUAAUACAUGCUGUUCUCAAACAUAUUCUGUGCAACUCCAAGAUGAAAAAAGACACUCUAAAAGCUGUAAGGAAAAUAUUGCAGGAUGAACUAAAGAUCCUUGAGUUUCUAUUGAAACCAUCUUCUUGA